GAAACGCAGCCAGGACCCUGAAUAUAGAUCGCCCGCCGCAAAUCUGGGGUUCCACCAAUGUGUGACUUGUUACAACCAAACUGGCAGAGAGUCAAGAGUCAGGAGAAUUGAAACCAGCUACUCGCCGAUCACCCUGCCUUAAAGAACAAUCCGGGCAGCACAUUCCCGUCUGAACCACCUAUCCAGCCUGUCAACCACCAGCUCUCGUCAAAUUUCAGACCACAAUACCCACCACACAAAAUCACACACAUACACACAUACACAAUGAAGCUAUCAUCAAUCACAUCUGGCCUCCUGGGCCUGCUCUCAACCCAGGAGCCAAGCAGCGCCGGAACACAGCACAGACAAGGCAGCUCCCCCUCCGUCUACAUACUCCAGACCACACCACAAGCCACGAGGGCCUCGGCACAAGCCCUCCGCGCCCUGGGCUACAGGAAAGCGUGCACCACAGGGUCCGAGGCGCAGUGCAGCCAGGCCGGGCCCACCUACACGGAACUCAGCACGGGCGAGGACGCCCUCGACGCCUUCAGGCCCGACGGCGACUCCAAGUUCAUCAUCCCGUGGGACCUCCGGGCGCAGCGCGAGGGCCAGGUCCACGGCCACCACAUGCACCACAAGAGGAGCUCUUCCUCCUCCUCAUCAUCAGGCCGCGUGCACACGUCUGCCAACGACACCGCCUCGGGCAUAGAGUCGGUGCAGGCCUUCUACACCAGGGCCAAGGACUCGGACCGGCUGCUGGAGCUGGACGUGUACGCGUCCGGUCAGGGGGUGGAGCAGGAUAAGUGGAUAGACCUGUGUUCGUUCCUGGGGCUGGGGUACAGCAUGGUCGAGAGGCAGAAGCUGUGGUAUUUUCCGAAAUAGGCUUUUCUUCUUUUGCAUAGUUAGCGGCGCUUUGGAUGUCUUUGGCUUUUUGUUUGCACCUAGCGAUGCUUGAUUUUUUUUUGAAUUCGGUUGCUUAUAAUCCCAUCGUUGUGGAAUCGUUGUGGAUCAAUUGCCUCUCGGCCCACAUGCACUGCAUGAUAACGUUAGAAUACCACAGCUCGUCAGGCUUGUCCGGUGGCUACUAUUAUUGUACAGUGAUGCAUUCCCUCGUUGCAAC